GAGCUCCCCCUGGUGGCGCCCGCGCCACAUCGGCGGCGCGCCUCGGCGGUCGGGAGCGCGCAGGGUCGGCGGCUGGCAGUUUGAGGCGAGCUCUCACCCCGGCGUUGCUAUGAGCUCCGAGCGGUCAGCGCCGGCCGGCUCUCCCGCUCCUCCCUGCUCGGAGCCCGAAGGAGGGGCCGCCGACUACCGCGACUGGGUGCGGCGCAGCUACCUGGAGCUGGUGUCCUCCAACCAUCACUCGGUGCAGGCGCUGUCCUGGAGGAAGCUCUACCUCAGCCGGGCCAAGCUGAAGGCGUCGAGCCGGACCUCCGCGCUCCUCUCCGGCUUCGCCAUGGUAGCCAUGGUUGAGGUUCAGUUGGAGAUGGACUACACCUAUCCCAAGUUCCUGCUCAUUGCCUUCAGUGCCUGCACAACAGUGUUGGUAGCUGUCCACCUCUUCGCUCUCUUGAUCAGCACUUGCAUCCUCCCCAAUGUCGAGGCAGUCAGCAACAUACACAAUCUCAACUCUGUCAAUGAGUCACCCCACGAGCGCAUGCAUUACUACAUCGAGCUGGCCUGGGGCUUCUCAACAGCUCUAGGCAUCAUCCUUUUCCUCAUGGAAGUAGUCCUGCUUUGUUGGAUUAAGUUCCUCCCAGUUGACAGCAAUCAGAGGAAGCACAAGGAGACUGUUGCAGCCCAGCCUGGAGAGGGACACACCGGGAGGGAUGCAGCUUUGACAUCUACUAUUAUCAUGGCACCAGUGGGCCUUAUUUUUGUGAUAUUUACCAUACAUUUUUACCGAUCACUGGUAGGGCACAAAACAGAGCGUCACAAUCAGGAAAUUGAAGAACUGCACAAGCUGAAAGUACAGCUGGAUGGUCACGACCGGACCCUGCAAGUGGUUUGAAAAGUCAACGAGGAGGAAAAGAAAUUAGUCAGAAUCAUCCUGAAAUUCCGAGCUUCUGCGGCCCGUUGCAGAAAUCAAAUGGGCUCUCCUGUCAUUUCCAGGAAUUUGAGUUUACAAAUAUGGCUUUUAAGUGGCUUUGUGGUUACAGUAUUUUCUGCAUUGUCUUAAAAGAAAACCACCUUUCUCUUUGUUACGGAAUCAGGUGUAAGCUGGAAUUUGUAAGCAUGUACUAAAAUGGUUCAGGUUGCUCUGAUACCAUGCUAGUCAUCAGCACACCGUCACUUCAACAGAGACCGUUUCUGAGGACACGAGACUGCAGAUGCUGGAAUCUGGAGCAACAAGCAAUCUGCUGGAGGAACUCAGUGGGUCAAGGAGCAUCUGUGGGAGGCAAAGAAUCGUUGACUGAUGCAGGGUUUCGACCCAAAACGUCGACAAUUUCUUUUCUCCCACAGAUGCUGCAGAGUCAUUUUAUCACAGGGCUAAACUCUUCAGAGGAACCAGUCCAGAUUAAACUGGACAACCAGGACAUGGAUUAAUUCCAGUUUUUCUCUAGUCAGCUGUGUUGUUGCAGUGCAGGUGUAACUAUCUGUCAGGGAUCUUGGUAAAUAGCUUAACCUGCCUGGUACAAAGAGUGAAGGACUGAUCAGACCAAUAUUGAAAAGGUGUAAUGGAAUAGAUGCUGUUAUUACUGAGUUUAAACAAGAUUGGUGUUUGGUAUGGUUCUGGAUGGUCAGUGUUUACUGUAGAUCCCUCCACUCACUACUGUAACUGCCAAAAAUUAUAUUAAAAAAAAAACCUAAAACUUGUUCCUACCAGGUCCAAAUUGUAGUUAGCCCUGUACCCAUUUGUUACAUAAUAUUCCUCAUGACCUGUAGCACUGCUGCCCUGGGCUGAAGCCAUCAGGAACCCAGUGAUGUGUGGCUUAACCUGUGACACUCCAUUCUGUACUGUCAGAUAUUGAUACUCCAGUUCAAGCGACACCAUAUUUAUGGUAAGCGAUUAAAAUUCUGAUCGGUAUAACCCCGUUUAAUGCCCUACAUCCAUGUGUGUUGUCCAAUUUAUUCUGACCUCAUUUGAUGUUGGUUAAAACAGAUUUGAUGUAGUCAUUCUCUGUUCAAUUUCUCAGACUUGAAAAGGAGAACUCGUGUGAAAAGAGGAAGCGAUUUUUUUCAAUGUAAUGUUAAAACCAUGCCUUUGUGCUAUCUGAACAACAGGAUUUAUCAUGUCCUCACUUCUCUUUUUCUCUUCAGCCACAGUACUGUCCUGCUGUGUGGAGUUUGGCCUUUCUCCUUUACCUGUUACAGCUUCAGUACUUUGAUUUACCGAAUCUUAAUAAUGGAGCGAUCGUUUAUCACAAUGCUAAUUUAGCUGCUAAAUUUUAGGUAGCCCUUAAAAUAUCAGCUAUUAAAGAUUUAAAAAAUUCUUGUUUGGGACCUGAAGUAAACAAAUGAUCAUAACUGAGCCAAUUCUGAUAAUGAAAUGCAAAACAUGGAAUUUUGGAUCCCAUUCGUAUGACCAGACUCUGGAAAGGAUUAUGAAGACUGGUGGCGGCUUUUUAUACCUAAUUAUUUUCACUGUUAUGUUUUGGGGAAUUCUGUGUUUAAAAUGUUUAAUUCCUGAUGAACAGCUUUUUUGGGGUUUGGGAAUGAUGUCCUUCCUGUGUUGCCUUCAGAUGUUUACCAGUUGAAGAGGAGAUUUUACUAUCACAACCACAGAUGGUGAGGGGACUAAGAAUUUACUGCAGAGUGCACUCAUUGGUUUGCAGGAUUUAUAAAAUACUAAUUUUGAGGGCUACCAAUUCAGACAAAUUUGCAUCUGCUACUCUGACACACAAGAUGUGAUCCUAACAAGUCCAGCACAGAUGGAACCUCGGUGUCAGACAGGACUCAAACAAGGCUGUGUCAUUGCACCAACCCUCUUAAUCUUCCUCACUGCAAUACAGCAUCUCUCCUUCAACAAGCCUCCCACUGGAGUGGAGUUAAUCUACAGAAGAAAUGCCUUCACUUCAGAACUUGUAUCAUCCCAACUGCUGUCAUCAGUUUACAAUAUGCAGACAACAGUUAUGUCCAUGCACAUUCAGAAGCUGAGCUCUAAGGCUUGGUUGACUGCUUUGUCAAAGUAUAUGAAGGAGAGGGCCUUAUACUGACCAACUAGAAGACAAAGGUCAUCUAGCAACCUGCACCAUAUUGCCCCAAACAUUCAGACUCCACAGUGGGGCUCUGGAAAACAUAGAUCAUGUUUGUCUUAUCCUGGGGAUGGAGCUCCUGGUCAACUGAAUCCCUCCACUCCUGUAUGCUUUGGAGACAUGAGAAACCACAAAGUGCAGGAGAGGUUCUAUCAGCACUGUCUCCUCAAAUCUACUGGCAGAGUCUCAGUGCUGGAUAUGUUUUCCUGAGAGGACACUGACAUUGUUAACUUACCUUGCCAGUGGAUUUUGCAGAGACAAAGCAAACCAAUGUCAGCACCCUCUCCCAGACAAACAUCCUAGUAACAACACUUUGAUCACGUUCCUCCAGCUCUGGUGCAUUCCAUAUUGUUGUCUUGCCUGGCACCAGAGUCUUGAAAGAAGUGCCCUACUCAAAGGUCUCCAAGAAGUUUUCAGGAAUACAGGGAAAACACUUCAGAGGCAUUCCUGAAGUCUCUUGGAAGAAGUGUGACAAUGUCAGUGAGUUGUGGUAAUCCCUGGCCCAAUACUGCUCAAAAUGGGGGAAGAGAAUUGGGAAAGCAGUGAUUAACUCUAGUCUGUAUGACAAGAGCACGUGAGGACCAUGCACUAAAAGCAGCCUUAAUACCCAUCCAUCUCCCCUGCCUUCAUCGCCUAUUCCACAUGGCAGAGCUUGUAGGUCCCACACAAGACUCUUCAGCCACAUCAGAACUUGAGUGGGAGUAAGUUAUCCUUGAGGGACUGCCUAAGAAGAAGAUUACACAUACCAAUUACCAGAGCAGUUGUUGCAUGUUUUGACACAAGUGUAAUUGUGGCCUUGUUACUGAAACCAGUGACCUAGAAUUGCUUCAGUAUGCAAUUAUAGGUGUUUCAUUUAACCACAUUAUUGUCCGAUUGUACUUGAAUCAGGCAAUGUGUAGUCUUAAGCUUUCCCAUGUAUGGUGUAUGCCAGCCUACUGUGUUUUAUAUUUUGAACACAUAAUUGUCUUAAUCUUUGAGUUUGUAUACUUCUGUGGCUUGAUACCAGGAUGUAGUAUUUAUUCCCUGUGCACCAUUACAAACCUACAGCUACAGGAACUUGGAAGAGGGGCAACAAUUGUUAUGUUAUUUUUAAUUUUGUAAAACAAAGCCCUGGGUUAUUAAGAUGUUGCUGUUUUUUGAAAUGCAAAUCUUUACUGGUAUUUUGAACAGUAUUUUCUGCUUGUGAACCCUGUAUGUAUACUGUGUAUAGCACCAUUUAAUCUUUUAUUAGUUUGUUGUGUCGCUGUUGAAGAAAUGGAAGUUGCAUUUGAAAUAAAGUAUUGUCAAACAUAUUUUGUAACAUCAGCA